GAAGAAUAUCUCGAAUCUUGGGCUGAAAACCAACAAUGAUAGUAGAUUUUAUGCGAUCUCUAGGAAGUUCGACAAAUCCUUCUCCAAUGAAGGAGAUACGUUAGUUGUUCAGUUUUCCGUCAAGUUUGAGCAGCAAAUGUCUUGCGGGGGCUCAUACCUAAAGCUGCUCAACUCCAAAGUUGAUCCCAACCAAUUUUAUGGAGACAGUCCAUACCUCUUCAUGUUCGGCCCUGAUAUAUGUGGAUACUCCACGAAGAAAGUUCAUGCGAUUUUCAAUUAUAAGGGUCGAAAUCAUUUGAUUAAAAAAGAAGUCCGUUGCAAAGACGACCUUCUGUCCCAUCUUUACACGUUUAUCUUGACCCCUGACAAUAAGUACAGCAUCUUGAUUGACAAUGAGAAGGUGGAAGAAGGAAGCUUAGAAGACGAUUGGGACAUGUUACCGCCUAGAAAAAUAGAUGACCCGAAUGCCAAAAAGCCAGAAGAUUGGGUCGAUACGGAGCAAAUAGAUGAUCCGGAAGAUAAAAAACCCGAAGACUGGGAUCAACCAGAGCAGAUACCUGACACCAGCGCCACUCAACCCGAAGAUUGGGAUACCGAACUUGAUGGUGAAUGGUCCCCACCAAUGAUCGCGAAUCCGGAUUACAAAGGCGAAUGGAAACCAAGAAAGAUUGAUAAUCCUUUGUAUAAGGGACCUUGGAUUGCUCCUCAAAUUGAUAACCCGUCAUUCCAGCCAGACGAUAAGCUGUACGUCAUGGAAGAUAUAUCUCAACUAGGUUUGGAUUUGUGGCAAGUUUCUUCAGGAUCGAUAUUUGACGACUUCCUGUUAACUAAUGAUCCAGAGUUCGCACGUUCCGAAGGUGAACGUCUUUGGCGGCCACGCUUCAAUGUGGACUCGGAGUAUGAAAAACAUAAAGAGUCAGAAGACUUAAAGGAAGCUGAGGAUAAAUCCGAUGACACCGAUGAUGAAGACAAAUUGGAGUCUACAGAAGAUUUGGAGAAACCUGAUUCCUCUGGUGCAGAUAAAGCUGAUGAACAUAUCGCAGAACCGCCCGAAGAUGUGAACAAAGUCGAGUCCGAUACGCACGAAGAACUGUAA